GAAUUGGUCCCGACCGAUACUCAUUUGCAGCCAUUUUUGCUCCUUUUUCUUUUGCCUCGGUGCCUCGAAGGUGGCUGCGCCAUCCUCACGGAGAUCACCUACGGACUCACUAUCGAAAUGGCGGCUUUGUUCGUGGUCGCGAUAAUCGGCCUCUUAGCAAUGACUAGCGACAUCGGACUCGCGUUCUACAUCACCUAUUUGUCUACGGCCGGUCUCCUCAUCAUCGUGCUCACCUUUUUCCUCAUCGUGUUCAGCUCAAACAACCACGAUCCUCACAAACUCGGUAAGGCUGCUUCCUUUGCCCUCUUGUCUCGCCUCUAUUCUCUCUCUCGAGGUGAUCUACCAGCUUGUCAUGUCCUCAGACUGAUGUUCCCUUUGUCUUAG